AUGCAAGUUGUGGUUGUGCUUGUCCUCGGCCUCCUCUUGGGCACUGGACUGGCUUUGCUCCUGCAGAAACGCCUGACACGCCUCGCAUCUCUUUUGCCCACCCUUCCUGCCCGAGACCCCGAGAUCUGGCCGCCCCGCGUGGCUGCAUCGUAUGUUCCACGUGCGGUUGCGCAGGCAGACGAUGUGCAUGCGCCCAGCACCGAGGUCCACGCCUGCCGCGACUGUGGCCAACCCAGCUGUACGCGCGCCCGCACCAGGCCCCAGCGCUCCCAGACGCAUCCAUGGGAGGGCUUGGAAAUUGCAGAGGGCCUUGAUCAAACGCUCCACGAGUUUCUCGAUGAAGUUGUUCGCUCCUUCAUCUACUCUUGGUUUGAGUUCCUCACCGACAACACCGAUUUUGUUGACGAGGUCAAGAUUGAGCUUCGAUUCCUUCUCGCCACCAUUGUCCAACGCGCGCUGCACGUAGACCUGGACGGCCUCAUCCAGCGCACCGUGGCACCGCACCUAUGUGCGCACAUCAAGACCUGCUUGGACGCCGCUGCAGUCAUUCGUGAAGCGGAGCCAGAGCUGCGCGCCGUCAGCAUUGUUGACAACGAGCGCCUUGCCGGCCUCGUGGAGGCGGCCCUCCUCGAAGACCCCGCCACCGCCCAUCCCGGUCUGGGUUAUGCUGACCCGGCCGAGUACAACCAGUACAUGCGCCGCAUGGUCGAGGCGCUGCUACCGCGCCUUCUCCGGCCCAACAUUCAUGGAAGCACCCUCAUGCGCCUCCUCUUCCGCGAGCUCCUUGUCACCUACGUUUUCAAACCCACCGUCGAUGCUCUGACUUACCCCGACCUCUACAACUCCAUCUUUGACCUUCAGCUCCACCAGCCUGCCCCGGCAUACGCUUACCCCACCAGCAGCGGCACCGUUGAGUUUCUUCGCCGCUUUGUCGAGCAGGAUACGGCCGGCGAUAAAACGCACACGCACAAUCCCGAUUCUGGGCUACGCAUGCGCCUCCCCGAAAUCAUGCUCGCCCCCGAGCUGCAUUCCCUUUUCAUCCGCUACUGUAGCGCUCUGGGCGUCGAACACCUCCUCACAUUUGUUUCCGCAGCGGAAACCUUCACCACUCAGGCCAAUGAGCGACGCGACGAUGCCGACUACCGGCCCCUGGCUUGGUCCAACGCCGCCACCACCUUUGAGGCGUAUGAAAUGGCUGCAGCUGGAGAGCCUGACCUGCGCUUGGAAGCGUCUCGCGAGGCGGCUGUUCGAGCCCAAGUCAAGGCACAGAGCGGCGAGCCCCCCGAGCAGCUAUUUCUCCAGCUUUACAGCAUCGCCUAUCGUCUCCUCGAGAAGCGGUACCUGCCUGGCUUUCUUCAGAGCAAACUCUUUCUGACCCAUCGCCUGGGGCCAAAGACCUCGCACGCUGCUCCACGCCGCGAAAAGCAAAAGCCUGAAACGCACAUUGCCGGACUGCAGUUACCCCCAACGCCAUCCGAGAUGGAAGAUCCCCACUUUGAUGUACUGGCCGGCCCCACCAAGGCAGACAAGAAAAAAAGAGGCAAACGCGCAAAGUCGAUGCUUAUACUCUCAGACAAAGCCACGCCGACCACCACCACAGCCGCAGCCUCCAGUACCGCUUUGCCUCAUGAGCCCUCAUCGCGCCACGCUGCCUCCUUGAGUGAAAGUAUCAAGAGAGCGCGGCCGCCCGUGGAUGGCGCUCGUGCCCGCGCCAUGACUCUUGAUAGCAAUGCUCGGCUCGACAUGCUCGGCGUUGAUACGGGUCCCAAUUCCCCGGAUGAGCCAUCGCCAUCUGCGAUUUCGCGCUCCUCCGUGUUUGAGGUGGAAAGUGCACCCAUGCGCGAGCGGAGCGCAACACUCCAGCCAGUCUCCACCACUGCAGCUUCAACACCGCGUCAAGGCUCGACUGGCUCAGUGGGUUUGGAGGAUUUCACACCUCCCUCGAGUGCUGCUUCCGCUCCCGAAGAAAAUGCAACGAUUGCUGCUGAGGGCUUGGAUGAAUCAGAUCAAACACCCGAGGAUGAACGGCAGCUGCGCGCUCUCAAGCACAUGGUUGUCAAGAUCAAGAAUCCGCGCGUGGUAGGCACGGGCAGCAAACAACAUGUGGUGUACCCCAUCCUCGUCGUGAUGAAAGGCGCAGAUGGCCAUGACGCCACCUUGUUCAAACAGGGUGAAGCCAACAAUUGGACGGUGGAGCACAGGUACUCUGACUUUUUCACGCUGGAUCGAGUGGUCAAGAAAUUCUAUCCCGACGAUGACCUGAAGCUUCCCGCUAAAAAGAACUUUAACCGCCUUGACGAAAGGCACAUUGAGGCGCGCCGGGAACAGCUGCACGUGUACUUGCAAUACCUUUUGCAGCACAAGCUAAUUCAUCAACAUGUGGACUGCCGCCGAGCAAUCUAUGCCUUUUUAAGGCCCGACGUGGACAAUUUCAAGUCGGUCAGCAACAUCAUUCUCACACGCCGGGAGCACAAGGGCCACAUGUUCUACAAGGCCAAGAAGGAGGCCAAAUCAAAAAUUGCCAAGCUGCUGCAGCUUUUCGAAGUCUCGCGACGGGCCUUUGAUGAAGAUCGCGAAGAAAUGUUGCGGGAGCAACAACAACGGCUCGAAGGAGACACAUUACAAGCAUCCAUGCCCGAUCCAGCCCUGCUCCGGCGACCCAUUCGCCGCGAGAAUGGGCCAAGUCUGACGCCUGCGAUGCAUGAACGUCUGGCGGGCGUUCGUGCCUCGUAUCAGCAGCUCAUGCUCGACAAAGACCCCUUGCCAGUGGGACGGCGGGUGACACAGUUGCUGGAAACAGUGUUGGAAAACGGUCUACCUGAGUGGGCCAGUCCGCUGGUGUUGUUGGGUUUACGUCGUCCGUUGGCCGCAACCGUGGACGACUUUAUUGACCGCUUUCUCGCGUUUCAGUUGGAUUGUAACUUGUCAGAAGCCACGCUUCAGGACGAUAUUCGCCUCUUGAUGCAGUCGGUGUUUCAUCCAGAAGAGGUCGUCCGCUCACCCGAAGCGCAAGCUGCUUCGCGAACUGCUGUGCGCGAUACCUUGGAGCAAAUGCUGCAGCCUCUCGUCAAGGCACAUGUGAUCAAGCCCCAGCUGGUUCUUCGUGUCUUGGACAUUUAUGGAUUGUUCCAAUCGGAAGCGUUGAAUCGACAGCUUCUUCUGGUCAUCUUUGAUGAGCUGAUUCUUCAGCUAUUUCCCGAGGUAGCCCAUGAUUUGUCUGUCCAGCAGACGCCUGCUGCACCCUCAAAAGCGUAA